CCUUACUAGACAACUUUAUUCCACUCUUGUCUUUUGUCCCUUAUUACAAUCUCAAAAACUCUACUUAAAAUUCCUACUCAAGAUCAUGUCCCUAGCCAACAACGACCGAUUGCCUAAUGAUUCAACCAUGGCUAUAAUCCAAGCUAGUGCCUUUUACGACCACAAUUUCGGAUCAUCAGGCCCAUCAUUAGCUUCUCCCAAAUCCUCACGGGAGAAAAUCUACGGCAUCGGCGAGCAUUCCAAGGCUGUCUAUCAAGAACCAGAAAGCCCGGAAAAAGGAUCCGGGUUCGCCAAGAACAAUUUCACAGUCAGCAAUUCUUCCUCAGUGUCCAGUCCCAGCAGCACGAAUUCUAACGGGUUAGGGUAUCAGCCCAAUUACAACUUGUCCGAGGAGGGUCAUUCUGUGAUUAGCUUCAAACCCGAAUACGGAAACUUCUUUCAUGGUACCGGGUCGUUUCUCAGCUUUGAUCAAACCAAACGGGUUCCCACCGGAAACUUAUACCCGAAGAUGAUGGUUGAUGAAAACGAGUACCCGAUCUGGGAAGACGAUUUGCACCAGAGUAGUAGCUUCCAGAGUCAGCUGAACCCUAAGUGCACCGCCGCCGCCAGUCAUGGCCUGCCAGAAACAUCCAGCAGCCACCAGGCCUCCGCCAGCUACGGCAGCGGAGGGCAAUUUGCAUGGCUGAAUGAUCAUGAGGCGAAUACAGUUGCUGAUGGAAUUCAAGAGCUGGGGAGACAAGAAUCAGGCAAUAGCAGUAAACGUCCAUAUACGGGAGAUCAGAGCACGCAAGCUCUCAAGAAACAGUGCAUUGUUGCUCCGACCAGCGCUUCGAAGAAGCAGAAACCAAAGACGGCGUUGCCGUCUAAGGAUCCACAGAGCAUUGCAGCUAAGAAUCGAAGAGAGCGGAUCAGUGAACGACUGAAGAUACUACAGGAUCUUGUCCCUAAUGGCUCCAAGGUUGAUUUGGUGACCAUGCUAGAAAAAGCUAUCAGCUAUGUCAAGUUUCUCCAGCUACAAGUGAAGGUUUUGGCUACCGAUGAGUUUUGGCCAGCACAAGGUGGAAAAGCUCCUGACCUUUCUCAAGUUAGAGAAGCCAUCGACGCCAUCCUUGCAUCUCAAAGGGACAGAAACUCAAGCUCGAAAUCAUGAGAAGGCAAGAAAAAGACAAGAUUCAUCGUCUUAUAAACUUCAAAAACAUCGAGAAGGCCUAAAAAUAAGGAUUGAUCUUGUCCAAGAUUGAAGUACAACUUUUAGUACGUAGUGGAAUAAAUUAAAGUGUACAUCCUUGGAGUUGUUCUUUGUCUUGGUACUUAUUGUCUUGUCUUGGAGACUGAAAAUGUUGUCUCCGACAUAUCUGCCGCAGAAGUUUUGAUUCAAAAAUGAAAUGAAUUUCUUUU